AUUAAAUUCGGCGCAUUUUUUUUAUCGUUCCAUUUCCGACGUUCCUGUGCUCAACUUGGCUAACUUGCCAGCCCGUUUCCUGUGACAAUUCUUUCCUUUUUGUUCAUCUUUCGACGCGUUCGGUUCGCAAAUUUUGAGCUCCCCAAAAAAAAGUUGAGCAAGAAAUUUUAUAUUGGCGCGUGCUCAAGAGCAAAAUGCACGAUUUGCGCGCCUUAAACAACUGCGAGGUGUUCAAACAAAUACGCGUCGAGCUGGUCGAUUUCCAUACAAAAACAAAGCGUCUGAACAGCUUCAUUUAUUUUAGCGGCAACGAGGAGAACAUACGAAAUGUGGCGAAACGCGUGCUGCACGUGCUGCUGGAGCACGGCCUUGUCGAGCAGCAGCCGCAGCCCCCGCAGCUGGUCAAACCAAAUCCCAGCGCCGAUCUCGACCAGCUGCGCGGCACGCUCAUGUAUCUGAUCCUGAACAGCGUGGUGGGCAAGAGCCAGAAGGAGGAGCAGGAGCUGGCACACUGGAAUCCGCAGUGUGUGCACCUGUUGAAACAAUUUCCGGAGCCGCUGCCCCAGCUGCUCACCGUGAGCGUAUUGCUGCUCUGCGGCCUGGAGCAGAUGCUGCUCGAGUUCUUGGCCUGCGGUCCGCAUUGGCUGACCACGCAGUACUUUGAUUGCCUCAACAAUCUGCUGGGCCACUUGGUGCCCGGCAAGCGGGAGACGCUGCCGCUCAUCGGCGGCGCCCUGUCCGCCGUGACCAAGGCCAUUUGCUACCAGGCGCAGCCCAAUCUCAGCCUGGUGGACAAUGCGCUGCGGCUGCUGCAGCGACAUUUGCUGAACAGCGAAGAGCGCCUGCGCUCGCUGAGCUCCAAGAAGCGCCAGCGCUAUCUGGGCGAGGCCAUGUGCCAGCUGCUCGACGUUCUGCUGGAGAUAUUGGCUGCACUGCAGCAGCCGCCGGAGCUGCCGGCCUACUUUCUGGUCUAUGCGCUGCACUCGCCCACAUCGCAGGAGCCGCCGCCGUCGUCGUCGGAGCAGCUGUCUUCGGUGUCGCCGCAGCUGCGCGAAUUUGGAGGCAAGGUGAUGGACACGCUGCAGCUGCUGCUGCAUCACAUAAGCGUGGACACGUACAUGGCCUGGCAGGAGAUGUCCUCCAGCCAGCUGCUUUUCCACCUCCAGGCGCACGUCGGCAACAAGUGCCAGGCGCUGACCCAGAUGCUGGCCAAAGAUGAGACCCUCCAGACGCACACGCUCCGCGCGCAGCUGGCCAAUUUCGAGGACGGCGCCCAGACGUUCGAGCAGCGCCUGGACACGCUCACUCUGGGCGAGCUGCUCGGCCUGCUCGAUGGCGAAAUGGGCGUCGUGCCCGACGAUCAGCUGCUGGCCGCGCUCAAGGAACUGCUGCGCCGUCCCAUUUGCUUUGGCAACGAGGAGUGCGUCGAGACGCUAGCUGGGCACAUCCAGCUGCUCGGCGCGGCGCAUGCGGAGCUCAUGCUGGAGCAUUUGGGCCAGGUGCUGACCCUUCACGAUGACGACGAGGACAACGACGACGUCGACGACUGCGAUCCGAAUGCACCUUACAGCGAGCUGCUGCAAAGCGUCCUGCUGCCCAUCUAUCAGACGCGCUGCAGCAGCCAGGAGAAGCUGCAGCUGCUCCACAAACGCGACCAGCUGCAGCUGCUCAGCCGCUUCACGUUCACGCGCGACAAUCAUAAUUCGCGUCGCAUCUAUUUCUUCAACCAGCUGGGCUGCUCCAUCGAGCGCUUUCCGCUCGAUCAGUUUCUGGAUCUGUGCUACGAGGAGCCGGCGCAGACCUGGCUGGGUCUUGCCCAGCUGGCCAUGACCCAUCGACGCUACGCCACACUCUACUGGCACAUCGCCGCCAGCUGCUCGCCCCAUGCCCGGCAUCAUGUGGGCUACACCGUACGCUGCCUGCUCCUGGACGAGCGUCUGCUCUCGCUGCCCAGCUCUGGGGACUUGCUUGUGCGGCUCUAUGAGCAGCCGGUUCUAUUAAAUGGCAUGCGCUAUCGCCAGGUUAUCAAGUGCCGGCGACAGCGUCUCAGCCACGUCCUGCGCCCCCGCCCCCGCCGGCUGCGCGAACUGGCGCUUAAUCUCAGUGUGGACGCGCUGCCAUACAGCGGCCGGCAGCUGCACGCCGGCCAGGACAACUAUCUGUCCGCCUGCGCCGCCGGCCUCGCCCGUUUCACCGAAACACGCAACUACACAGCUCUCGAGCGGCUGCUGAAGACGCUGCUCAGUUUGGAGGCUGUGGAGCAGCGCAUCGUGCGCUGCAGCCACAAAUCGUACAAGGAGCAGCGACGUCGUCUCGCCGAGGCGUCAGAGCACAGAAUGCAGCUGGCGCGGCACAAGCUGCAGCUGGCCAGAGGCUAUGUGCGCCUGCACGGCCAGCUCAGCUCGUGGCGCAUCAGCAACUGGCCGCUGGCCUCGCAGAUCGUGCUCGUCAUGGAUCAGCUGCGCGGCACGCUCGAGAACUUUGAGCUGGCACGCAUCGCGUUGCUCGAUCUGGUCGUCGAAUACCACGUCAACAACAUGGCGCGAUCCGUGCUCGUGUCGCCAGAGAUGCGUGGCCGGAUGGCGGGCCUGAUCGGAUCCGGGCUGCAACAUGCGCAGCUGUGGAAGGGCGAGCAGCUGGUCGCGCUGUUGGAGGAUCCCGACAAGAAACGCGAGACCAGCGAGUACACAAGGUUACUGCGUCAGGCCUCAACGCUGGAGGCCGUCAAUCUGCUGAGCGGUGCCAUCCGCCAUAAGUUGGACGGCGCCGUCAUGCACAGCCUGGCCGAGCAGGUGAACCGGCUGAACUCGCCGAAUGCCCAGCAUGCCUACGGAUUCCUCUUCAAGUGCUAUAUGCUCGCGUUUAACCAGGAGCUCAUUGGCGGCGCCGUUGCCAGCGACUAUCCGCGUCUGAUCGAGCAUAUAUUGCGUACGCCCAAGCUGCGCAUGCCCGAGAAUCUAUUGGCGGCCGUUGGCAAUCUGAAGAUCCUGCUCGGCCCGGCUGGCAUUGUGGGCAAGACGAGCAUCCUGCAGUAUGUGAGUCAGAGUCUUGCGAUGUCGGCGGAAAAUUAGAUGGCCAGCAUUAAGUAUUACAUAUUGAAUAUGUACAACAAAGUGAAUAAGAAAUAUAUACAUAUAAACAAUUACAUCUAUUUAAAUAAAUGUGUUUGUUCUGUUGGCUAGUUUCUGGGCGUUUGAAUCGUUUAAAUCUGGCGGCUUGAAUUCGCCGCUGCGCUGCAGCGCGUGCACUGCCACCUGGUUGGACGCAGCGUUGCAUCGCGUACAGUGUCGUCGCAGCGUUGCCGCAUUUUGCUGAUCUGGCAACUCUAAAUGCCGGCUGGUCUGGUACGCUAUGGUUGACGCAUGCGUCUGACGUACAUAUGUAUGACGGCGGUGACUGAAUUUUUUUUUUUGCAUACGAAAAAUUCGCUGCUAAAAGUACGAACCUAAAGUGCGUGUAAUUAACGUAAGUCAGUUUGAAAGCGAAACGUAUUAAUCCAAUUGCACAUUGGCGGCUCGAGUAAAUUGCAAACAACACGUUGAUCGUCAGUUUUUGCACGCAAUAACCUCGUGUAUUUAAUUUUUUUGCGCAUACAUUUACCGAUAUUUUGGUGGCUACACAGACAUAAGGCACAGCAGACACACAACCAUAGCGACAACGCAACGCAACGCAACGACGACGACGACGACAAGAACGAGCGACGACGACGACGACGGCGACGACGUGAAGCGCAGUGAAGAAGAAAAAAAAAACAAGCGAAAUCGAAAGCAAAAUUUGUCGAGUCGCGUCAAAAAUCUUGAAAGUGUGUGCUAAGCUGAAAGAAUUCGAAACAAAAGUAGUUCGAAACUCCAAAAUAGAAUAGCGCAAAACACACACAGAACGUAAGUCAAGAAAAAGGCAUAAGAAGAAGCAUUAACAGCAGCGCAGCAUCGUUGCAAAUUACAGCCAAGAGGACGACAGGAAUCGGCAGUGACGUAUACAAUUAAUACUACUAUCAGCAGCAGCAGCGGCAGCAGCAGCAGCAGCACAACAACCACAU